GGAAAAAAAAUCAACCAAGACACAAGCUGAGCAAGAGAAAAAGACUUCGUCAGAGUCAAAACAAGAAAAUGUCACUGAGUCUAUGGAGACUUUCUGUACUCUUGCUAGCAUCCUUGGUACUUCUUCUAGUGCAGUCCAGACCCAGAGAACUUCUCCUAGAACAGGGGCUAUUCCUAAGAACCCAAGGGGAACGAAAGAACAAAUGAAGCAUCAAGAUCAAGGAAAACCCUUAACUCAACAGUCGAGUGCCUCUACUGAGAAACAAGAUUGCUUAGUCCAGUCCCAGAGAACUUCUUCUAUAACAGGGGCCAUUCCUAAGAACACAAUGGGAAGGAAAGCACAAACGAAGCCUAAAUCUCAAACACAAGCAAAAACUCAACUUGGUGCCUCUGUCCAUUUGUCGGAGGAACCUAAACCUCAUCAUAGUGCCUCGGUCCAUUUGCCAGAGGAACCUAAACCUCAUCAGAGUUCCUUGGUCCAUUUACCUGAGGAACCUAAACCUCAUCAGAGUGCCUCGGUCCAUUUACCUGAGGAACCUAAACCUCAUCAGAGUGCCUCGGUCCAUUUGUCGGAGGAACCUAAUUCUCAUCAGAGUGCCUCGGACCAUUUGCCAGAGGAACCUAAACCUCAUCAGAGUGCCCCGGUCCAUUUGCCGGAGGAACCUAAUUCUCAUCAGAGUGCCUCGGACCAUUUGCCAGAGGAACCUAAACCUCAUCAGAGUGCCUCGGACCAUUUGCCAGAGGAACCUAAACCUCAUCAGAGUGCCUCGGACCAUUUACCUGAGGAACCUAAUUCUCAUCAGAGUGCCUCGGUCCAAUUGCCAGAGGAACCUAAACCUCAUCAGAGUGCCUCGGACCAAUUGCCAGAGGAACCUAAACCUCAUCAGAGUGCCUCGGACCAAUUGCCAGAGGAACCUAAACCUCAUCAGAGUGCCUCGGUCCAUUUGCCAGAGGAACCCAUACUGCAUCAGAGUGUGCCGUCUACAGCAGGAACCAUCGAUGAGAUAGCUUCAAACUGUGACAGUAAAGACAUAGUUCCUGCAGUUCACCAAGACCUAGCAACAAGAUCACAAUCAUCCGAUGCGCUUACCUUAGUUCAUCACCAAUCACAGGCAAUGGUGAAAAACAUGUCAAUCGGAGAGGGUUGUAAAGUCUUUAUGGCCCCCGCUUCUGGAAACACCUUCAUACAACAUCAAACAGUAAUGCCACCCCCCAAUCUUCAAGCCCAAGCUAUUGCAGAAGUGAUUGGAGAGGUAUUGAAGCGAGUGGACAUGACUACAGGUGUGGCACACUCCAAUCCUCCCACUCAAGCCCGAGCUUUUGCAGAUGUGACUAGGGAAGCAUUGAAGCAAGUGGACAUGACUACAGGAACACCAGACCCCAGUCAUCAACCUCAAGCUAUUUCAGAUGAACUAACAGAGGCAUUGAAGCAAGUUUACAUGAAUACAGGUAGCUUUGUACAGAUGCUCCCAUGGGUUGAUGAUGACCAGAUGCACAUAAUGGACAUCUACACUAAGCUUGUUUUAGUUGUACUUAAUGACAAGGUAGGGAAGAUUGUGAAAGAGAAAAAACUUCAAAUGGAAUCAUAUGGAGACAUUUUUCACUUAAAAACAAGGGAGGGCAAUCCCAUCAAACGUGUUAUUUUUAGUGGGUCGGCAGGUCUUGGAAAGACUACUCUUUGUGACAAAAUCGCUUAUGAUUGGGCAGUUGGCAAGAGUGAGAUUCUCAAAAGAUUCAAACUUGUUUUAGUUUUGAAAAUGCGAUCACUGACAACAGCUACAGACCUAAUUGAUGCUGUCGCAGAUCAGCUCAUAGAGCGAGACAUUGUCAAAAGGUGUGAUUUAAAAGGGUUUAUUGACAAAAACCAAGACAAAGUGUUGAUCCUCUUGGAUGGGUUUGACGAAUUUCAAACCACUCAGACGGAAAAGUCCUCAUUUGGUUCAAUUCUCAAGGCUCUUAAUCGAAAGCAGUACAAAGAAUGCUGGGUAGUUGUCACAUCUCGUCCUCCCCUUGACCAACUACUCAGCUCAUCAUUGGUUGAAAAGCCAUUCACUCAUGUGGAAGUUGAGGGGUUUUCAGCUGAGGAUAUUGAGGAAUAUGUGAAUAAAUUCUUCCCUGAUGACCUUGAGAAUGUUGGGAAGCUGAUAGAGAAGAUACAAUCUUCUGAAGUUUUGUCUGAUUUGGCAAAGAGUCCAAUGUUGCUGCUUUUGAUGUGCUUGCUCUGGAGAGAGUCUAAAAAACUCCCAGACACAAUGACUCGGCUUUACACUGCUGCAUUGAAAUAUAUAUUCAGGAGAAAAGCAAAAGACUUGUCACAAGAUGAAAUAUCACAAAUAUUGAUUUCAAUUGGAAAGGUUGCUCUACAUGGUUUAAUUUCUACAAAUCAGUCUCUUUCCUUUAGAGAAAAAGAUUUUGACAAGAAAGCAUUCGAUGCAGCAAUACGUGCAGGUGCUCUCACUAGCGAAAGGGUCUUCAAGGAGCUAGACGCUCAUAACAAUGUGUAUUUUAUACACAAAACUUUCUUGGAAUUCUGUGCUGCAAUGUAUUGGCAAAGUUUAAUCAACACAGAGGAAUUUUAUGACAUCCUUGUCCGGCUUUGCAGUGCCACAGGGAGCUAUCCUUCCCCAUAUGAGUAUCUUUUAAGGUUUUGUUGUGGUGACAAUGAGGAAUGUACAAACCAAGUCUUACAGAAUCUGCAGAAGAAUGAAGACCCAAGGUUGGGUCUUAUUUGUUACUUUGAGAGUCAGUCCAAGAGUUUACCAUAUGAGGAUUUCAUCAAUGCAGUUGUGAGGACUAAAAUUAGAAUACAUGUGUGGAAUAGUGAUUGUGUGAACUCCUUCUUUCACUUAGUGAAGCAAAUUGCUAAUCAGAAAAAUAUCCAAGAAAGUGCCUCCCUUUCCAGUGUAAAUAAGUUUGUAAUUAUAAACUGUGACCUACGGAGGUUGGGUAUUGGGUUAGAAAAUAUUUUAAAGCUUGAAUUGAUUUCUUCCAACGUGGGUGGUUCUGCAUCAUUGUGGGCUAGUCAUUUGAAGAUAAUGAAACGCCUAAAUAAUCUGACACUGAGCAUCUGCAAAUUGGUAGGGGAAGACAUGGCCCCUAUUGCUGAGUCAGUGAGUGACAUGCCAGCUCUAGUUGAUCUGGAUCUGUCUUUGAACAAGACCUUGGGUUGUUGUGCAUCAUUGUGGGCUAGUCAUUUGAAGAGAAUGAAACGCCUAAAUAAUCUGACACUGAGCAUCUGCAAAUUGGUAGGGGAAGACAUGGCCCCUAUUGCUGAGUCAGUGAGUGACAUGCCAGCUCUAGUUGAUCUGGAUCUGUCUUCGCACAGGACCUUGGGUGGUUGUGCAUCAUUGUGGGCUACUCAAUUGAAGCGAAUGAAGCACCUCAAGAAUCUGAGAUUGGCAUACUGCGGCUUGACAGUGAAAGACAUGGCCCCUAUUGCUGAGUCAGUGAGUGACAUGCCAACUCUAGUUGAUCUGAAUCUGUCUUUGAAUGAGACCUUGGGUGGUUGUGCAUCAUUGUGGGCUACUCAAUUGAAGCGAAUGAAGCACCUCAAGAAUCUGACAUUGGCAAACUGCGGCUUGACAGUGAAAGACAUGGUCCCUAUUGCUGAGUCAGUGAGUGACAUGCCAGCUCUAGUUGAUCUGGAUCUGUCUUCGAACAAGACCUUGGGUGGUUGUGCAUCAUGGUGGGCUACUCAAUUGAAGCGAAUGAAGCACCUCAAGAAUCUGGACAUGGCCCCUAUUGCUGAGUCAGUGAGUGACAUGCCAGCUCUAAUUGAUCUGCUGGAUCUGUCUUCGAACAAGACCUUGGGUGGUUGUGCAUCAUUGUGGGCUACUCAAUUGAAGCGAAUGAAGCACCUCAAGAAUCUGAGAUUGGAAAACUGCGGCUUGACAGUGAAAGACAUGGUCCCUAUUGCUGAGUCAGUGAGUGACAUGCCAACUCUAGUUGAUCUGGAUCUGUCUUCGAACAAGACCUUGGGUGGUUGUGCAUCAUUGUGGGCUACUCAAUUGAAGCGAAUGAAGCACCUCAAGAAUCUGAGAUUGGAAAACUGCGGCUUGACAGUGAAAGACAUGGCCCCUAUUGCUGAGUCAGUGAGUGACAUGCCAGCUCUAGUUGAUCUGGAUCUGUCUUCGAACAAGACCUUGGGUGGUUGUGCAUCAUUGUGGGCUACUCAAUUGAAGCGAAUGAAGCACCUCAAGAAUCUGAGAUUGGAAAACUGCGGCUUGACAGUGAAAGACAUGGCCCCUAUUGCUGAGUCAGUGAGUGACAUGCCAGCUCUAAUUGAUCUGCUGGAUCUGUCUUCGAACAAGACCUUGGGUGGUUGUGCAUCAUUGUGGGCUACUCAAUUGAAGCGAAUGAAGCACCUCAAGAAUCUGAGAUUGGAAAACUGCGGCUUGACAGUGAAAGACAUGGUCCCUAUUGCUGAGUCAGUGAGUGACAUGCCAACUCUAGUUGAUCUGGAUCUGUCUGAGAAUGAGACCUUGGGUGGUUGUGCAUCAUUGUGGGCUAGUCAUUUGAAGAGAAUGAAACACCUCAAGAAUCUGGCAUUUGCAAGCUGCAACCUGAUGGGGAAAGACAUGGCCCCUAUUGCUGAGUCAGUGAGUGACAUGCCAACUCUAGUUGAUCUGGAUCUGUCUUUGAAUAUGACCUUGGGUGGUUGUGCAUCAUUGUGGGCUACUCAUUUGAAGAGAAUGAAGCACCUCAAGAAUCUGAGAUUGGCAUACUGCAACCUGAUGGGGAAAGACAUGGCCCCUAUUGCUGAGUCAGUGAGUGACAUGCCAACUCUAGUUGAUCUGGAUCUGUCUCAGAAUAAGACCUUGGGUGGUUGUGCAUCAUUGUGGGCUAGUCAUUUGAAGAGAAUGAAACACCUCAAGAAUCUGGCAUUUGCAAGCUGCAACCUGAUGGGGAAAGACAUGGCCCCUAUUGCUGAGUCAGUGAGUGACAUGCCAACUCUAGUUGAUCUGGAUCUGUCUUUGAAUAUGACCUUGGGUGGUUGUGCAUCAUUGUGGGCUACUCAUUUGAAGAGAAUGAAGCACCUCAAGAAUCUGUCAUUGGCAUACUGCAACCUGAUGGGGAAAGACAUGGCCCCUAUUGCUGAGUCAGUGAGUGACAUGCCAACUCUAGUUAAACUGGAUCUGUCUUUGAAUACGACCUUGAGUGGUUGUGCAUCAUUGUGGGCUACUCAUUUGAAGAGAAUGAAGCACCUCAAGAAUCUGAGAUUGGCAUACUGCAACCUGAUGGGGAAAGACAUGGCCCCUAUUGCUGAGUCAGUGAGUGACAUGCCAACUCUAGUUAAACUGGAUCUGUCUUCGAAUACGACCUUGAGUGGUUGUGCAUCAUUGUGGGCUACUCAUUUGAAGAGAAUGAAGCACCUCAAGAAUCUGAGAUUGGCAUACUGCAACCUGAUGGGGAAAGACAUGGCCCCUAUUGCUGAGUCAGUGAGUGACAUGCCAACUCUAGUUGAUCUGAAUCUGUCUUUGAAUAUGACCUUGGGUGGUUGUGCAUCAUUGUGGGCUACUCAUUUGAAGAGAAUGAAGCACCUCAAAAAUCUGAGAUUGGUAUACUGCAACCUGAUGGGGAAAGACAUGGCCCCUAUUGCUGAGUCAGUGAGUGACAUGCCAACUCUAGUUGAUCUGGAUCUGUCUGCGAAUAUGACCUUUGGUGGUUGUGCAUCAUUGUGGGCUACUCAUUUGAAGAGAAUGAAGCACCUCAAGAAUCUGAGAUUGGCAUACUGCAACCUGAUGGGGAUAGACAUGGCCCCUAUUGCUGAGUCAGUGAGUGACAUGCCAACUCUAGUUGAUCUGGAUCUGUCUUUGAAUAUGACCUUGGGUGGUUGUGCAUCAUUGUGGGCUACUCAUUUGAAGAGAAUGAAGCACCUCAAGAAUCUGAGAUUGGCAUACUGCAACCUGAUGGGGAAAGACAUGGCCCCUAUUGCUGAGUCAGUGAGUGACAUGCCAACUCUAGUUGAUCUGGAUCUGUCUCAGAAUAAGACCUUGGGUGGUUGUGCAUCAUUGUGGGCUAGUCAUUUGAAGAGAAUGAAACACCUCAAGAAUCUGGCAUUUGCAAGCUGCAACCUGAUGGGGAAAGACAUGGCCCCUAUUGCUGAGUCAGUGAGUGACAUGCCAACUCUAGUUGAUCUGGAUCUGUCUUUGAAUAUGACCUUGGGUGGUUGUGCAUCAUUGUGGGCUACUCAUUUGAAGAGAAUGAAGCACCUCAAGAAUCUGUCAUUGGCAUACUGCAACCUGAUGGGGAAAGACAUGGCCCCUAUUGCUGAGUCAGUGAGUGACAUGCCAACUCUAGUUGAUCUGGAUCUGUCUGAGAAUAAGACCUUGGGUGGUUGUGCAACAUUGUGGGCUAGUCAUUUGAAGAGAAUGAAACACCUCAAGAAUCUGGCAUUUGCAAGCUGCAACCUGAUGGGGAAAGACAUGGCCCCUAUUGCUGAGUCAGUGAGUGACAUGCCAACUCUAGUUGAUCUGGAUCUGUCUUUGAAUAUGACCUUGGGUGGUUGUGCAUCAUUGUGGGCUACUCAUUUGAAGAGAAUGAAGCACCUCAAGAAUCUGAGAUUGGCAUACUGCAACCUGAUGGGGAAAGACAUGGCCCCUAUUGCUGAGUCAGUGAGUGACAUGCCAACUCUAGUUGAUCUGGAUCUGUCUAAGAAUAAGACCUUGGGUGGUUGUGCAUCAUUGUGGGCUAGUCAUUUGAAGAGAAUGAAACACCUCAAGAAUCUGGCAUUUGCAAGCUGCAACCUGAUUGGGAAAGACAUGGCCCCUAUUGCUGAGUCAGUGAGUGACAUGCCAACUCUAGUUGAUCUGGAUCUGUCUUUGAAUAUGACCUUGGGUGGUUGUGCAUCAUUGUGGGCUACUCAUUUGAAGAGAAUGAAGCACCUCAAGAAUCUGAGAUUGGCAUACUGCAACCUGAUGGGGAAAGACAUGGCCCCUAUUGCUGAGUCAGUGAGUGACAUGCCAACUCUAGUUGAUCUGGAUCUGUCUAAGAAUAAGACCUUGGGUGGUUGUGCAUCAUUGUGGGCUAGUCAUUUGAAGAGAAUGAAACACCUCAAGAAUCUGGCAUUUGCAAGCUGCAACCUGAUUGGGAAAGACAUGGCCCCUAUUGCUGAGUCAGUGAGUGACAUGCCAACUCUAGUUGAUCUGGAUCUGUCUUUGAAUAUGACCUUGGGUGGUUGUGCAUCAUUGUGGGCUACUCAUUUGAAGAGAAUGAAGCACCUCAAGAAUCUGUCAUUGGCAUACUGCAACCUGAUGGGGAAAGACAUGGCCCCUAUUGCUGAGUCAGUGAGUGACAUGCCAACUCUAGUUGAUCUGGAUCUGUCUAAGAAUAAGACCUUGGGUGGUUGUGCAUCAUUGUGGGCUAGUCAUUUGAAGAGAAUGAAACACCUCAAGAAUCUGGCAUUUGCAAGCUGCAACCUGAUGGGGAAAGACAUGGCCCCUAUUGCUGAGUCAGUGAGUGACAUGCCAACUCUAGUUGAUCUGAAUCUGUCUUUGAAUAUGACCUUGGGUGGUUGUGCAUCAUUGUGGGCUACUCAUUUGAAGAGAAUGAAGCACCUCAAAAAUCUGAGAUUGGUAUACUGCAACCUGAUGGGGAAAGACAUGGCCCCUAUUGCUGAGUCAGUGAGUGACAUGCCAACUCUAGUUGAUCUGGAUCUGUCUGCGAAUAUGACCUUUGGUGGUUGUGCAUCAUUGUGGGCUACUCAUUUGAAGAGAAUGAAGCACCUCAAGAAUCUGAGAUUGGCAUACUGCAACCUGAUGGGGAAAGACAUGGCCCCUAUUGCUGAGUCAGUGAGUGACAUGCCAACUCUAGUUGAUCUGGAUCUGUCUAAGAAUAAGACCUUGGGUGGUUGUGCAUCAUUGUGGGCUAGUCAUUUGAAGAGAAUGAAACACCUCAAGAAUCUGGCAUUUGCAAGCUGCAACCUGAUGGGGAAAGACAUGGCCCCUAUUGCUGAGUCAGUGAGUGACAUGCCAACUCUAGUUGAUCUGGAUCUGUCUUUGAAUAUGACCUUGGGUGGUUGUGCAUCAUUGUGGGCUACUCAUUUGAAGAGAAUGAAGCACCUCAAGAAUCUGAGAUUGACAAACUGCAAACUGAUGGGGGAAGACGUGGCCCCUAUUGCCGAGUCAGUGAGUGACAUGCCAACUCUAGUUGAUCUGGAUCUGUCUUUGAAUAUGACCUUGGGUGGUUGUGCAUCAUUGUGGGCUACUCAUUUGAAGAGAAUGAAGCACCUCAAGAAUCUGAGAUUGACAAACUGCAAACUGAUGGGGGAAGACGUGGCCCCUAUUGCUGAGUCAGUGAGUGACAUGCCAACUCUAGUUGAUCUGAGUCUGUUUAAUAAUUAUAACUUGGGUGGUUGUGCAUCAUUGUGGGCUACUCAUUUGAAGAGAAUGAAGCACCUCAAGAAUCUGUCAUUGGCAUACUGCAACCUGAUGGGGAAAGACAUGGCCCCUAUUGCUGAGUCAGUGAGUGACAUGCCAACUCUAGUUGAUCUGAAUCUGUCUUUGAAUAUGACCUUGGGUGGUUGUGCAUCAUUGUGGGCUACUCAUUUGAAGAGAAUGAAGCACCUCAAAAAUCUGAGAUUGGUAUACUGCAACCUGAUGGGGAAAGACAUGGCCCCUAUUGCUGAGUCAGUGAGUGACAUGCCAACUCUAGUUGAUCUGGAUCUGUCUGCGAAUAUGACCUUUGGUGGUUGUGCAUCAUUGUGGGCUACUCAUUUGAAGAGAAUGAAGCACCUCAAGAAUCUGAGAUUGGCAUACUGCAACCUGAUGGGGAAAGACAUGGCCCCUAUUGCUGAGUCAGUGAGUGACAUGCCAACUCUAGUUGAUCUGGAUCUGUCUAAGAAUAAGACCUUGGGUGGUUGUGCAUCAUUGUGGGCUAGUCAUUUGAAGAGAAUGAAACACCUCAAGAAUCUGGCAUUUGCAAGCUGCAACCUGAUGGGGAAAGACAUGGCCCCUAUUGCUGAGUCAGUGAGUGACAUGCCAACUCUAGUUGAUCUGGAUCUGUCUUUGAAUAUGACCUUGGGUGGUUGUGCAUCAUUGUGGGCUACUCAUUUGAAGAGAAUGAAGCACCUCAAGAAUCUGAGAUUGACAAACUGCAAACUGAUGGGGGAAGACGUGGCCCCUAUUGCUGAGUCAGUGAGUGACAUGCCAACUCUAGUUGAUCUGGAUCUGUCUUUGAAUAUGACCUUGGGUGGUUGUGCAUCAUUGUGGGCUACUCAUUUGAAGAGAAUGAAGCACCUCAAGAAUCUGAGAUUGACAAACUGCAAACUGAUGGGGGAAGACGUGGCCCCUAUUGCUGAGUCAGUGAGUGACAUGCCAACUCUAGUUGAUCUGAGUCUGUUUAAUAAUUAUAACUUGGGUGGUUGUGCAUCAUUGUGGGCUACUCAUUUGAAGAGAAUGAAGCACCUCAAGAAUCUGUCAUUGGCAUACUGCAACCUGAUGGGGAAAGACAUGGCCCCUAUUGCUGAGUCAGUGAGUGACAUGCCAACUCUAGUUGAUCUGGAUCUGUCUAAGAAUAAGACCUUGGGUGGUUGUGCAUCAUUGUGGGCUAGUCAUUUGAAGAGAAUGAAACACCUCAAGAAUCUGGCAUUUGCAAGCUGCAACCUGAUUGGGAAAGACAUGGCCCCUAUUGCUGAGUCAGUGAGUGACAUGCCAACUCUAGUUGAUCUGGAUCUGUCUUUGAAUAUGACCUUGGGUGGUUGUGCAUCAUUGUGGGCUACUCAUUUGAAGAGAAUGAAGCACCUCAAGAAUCUGAGAUUGGCAUACUGCAACCUGAUGGGGAAAGACAUGGCCCCUAUUGCUGAGUCAGUGAGUGACAUGCCAACUCUAGUUGAUCUGGAUCUGUCUAAGAAUAAGACCUUGGGUGGUUGUGCAUCAUUGUGGGCUAGUCAUUUGAAGAGAAUGAAACACCUCAAGAAUCUGGCAUUUGCAAGCUGCAACCUGAUUGGGAAAGACAUGGCCCCUAUUGCUGAGUCAGUGAGUGACAUGCCAACUCUAGUUGAUCUGGAUCUGUCUUUGAAUAUGACCUUGGGUGGUUGUGCAUCAUUGUGGGCUACUCAUUUGAAGAGAAUGAAGCACCUCAAGAAUCUGUCAUUGGCAUACUGCAACCUGAUGGGGAAAGACAUGGCCCCUAUUGCUGAGUCAGUGAGUGACAUGCCAACUCUAGUUGAUCUGGAUCUGUCUAAGAAUAAGACCUUGGGUGGUUGUGCAUCAUUGUGGGCUAGUCAUUUGAAGAGAAUGAAACACCUCAAGAAUCUGGCAUUUGCAAGCUGCAACCUGAUGGGGAAAGACAUGGCCCCUAUUGCUGAGUCAGUGAGUGACAUGCCAACUCUAGUUGAUCUGAAUCUGUCUUUGAAUAUGACCUUGGGUGGUUGUGCAUCAUUGUGGGCUACUCAUUUGAAGAGAAUGAAGCACCUCAAAAAUCUGAGAUUGGUAUACUGCAACCUGAUGGGGAAAGACAUGGCCCCUAUUGCUGAGUCAGUGAGUGACAUGCCAACUCUAGUUGAUCUGGAUCUGUCUGCGAAUAUGACCUUUGGUGGUUGUGCAUCAUUGUGGGCUACUCAUUUGAAGAGAAUGAAGCACCUCAAGAAUCUGAGAUUGGCAUACUGCAACCUGAUGGGGAAAGACAUGGCCCCUAUUGCUGAGUCAGUGAGUGACAUGCCAACUCUAGUUGAUCUGGAUCUGUCUAAGAAUAAGACCUUGGGUGGUUGUGCAUCAUUGUGGGCUAGUCAUUUGAAGAGAAUGAAACACCUCAAGAAUCUGGCAUUUGCAAGCUGCAACCUGAUGGGGAAAGACAUGGCCCCUAUUGCUGAGUCAGUGAGUGACAUGCCAACUCUAGUUGAUCUGGAUCUGUCUUUGAAUAUGACCUUGGGUGGUUGUGCAUCAUUGUGGGCUACUCAUUUGAAGAGAAUGAAGCACCUCAAGAAUCUGAGAUUGACAAACUGCAAACUGAUGGGGGAAGACGUGGCCCCUAUUGCUGAGUCAGUGAGUGACAUGCCAACUCUAGUUGAUCUGGAUCUGUCUUUGAAUAUGACCUUGGGUGGUUGUGCAUCAUUGUGGGCUACUCAUUUGAAGAGAAUGAAGCACCUCAAGAAUCUGAGAUUGACAAACUGCAAACUGAUGGGGGAAGACGUGGCCCCUAUUGCUGAGUCAGUGAGUGACAUGCCAACUCUAGUUGAUCUGAGUCUGUUUAAUAAUUAUAACUUGGGUGGUUGUGCAUCAUUGUGGGCUACUCAUUUGAAGAGAAUGAAGCACCUCAAGAAUCUGUCAUUGGCAUACUGCAACCUGAUGGGGAAAGACAUGGCCCCUAUUGCUGAGUCAGUGAGUGACAUGCCAACUCUAGUUGAUCUGAAUCUGUCUUUGAAUAUGACCUUGGGUGGUUGUGCAUCAUUGUGGGCUACUCAUUUGAAGAGAAUGAAGCACCUCAAAAAUCUGAGAUUGGUAUACUGCAACCUGAUGGGGAAAGACAUGGCCCCUAUUGCUGAGUCAGUGAGUGACAUGCCAACUCUAGUUGAUCUGGAUCUGUCUGCGAAUAUGACCUUUGGUGGUUGUGCAUCAUUGUGGGCUACUCAUUUGAAGAGAAUGAAGCACCUCAAGAAUCUGAGAUUGGCAUACUGCAACCUGAUGGGGAAAGACAUGGCCCCUAUUGCUGAGUCAGUGAGUGACAUGCCAACUCUAGUUGAUCUGGAUCUGUCUAAGAAUAAGACCUUGGGUGGUUGUGCAUCAUUGUGGGCUAGUCAUUUGAAGAGAAUGAAACACCUCAAGAAUCUGGCAUUUGCAAGCUGCAACCUGAUGGGGAAAGACAUGGCCCCUAUUGCUGAGUCAGUGAGUGACAUGCCAACUCUAGUUGAUCUGGAUCUGUCUUUGAAUAUGACCUUGGGUGGUUGUGCAUCAUUGUGGGCUACUCAUUUGAAGAGAAUGAAGCACCUCAAGAAUCUGAGAUUGACAAACUGCAAACUGAUGGGGGAAGACGUGGCCCCUAUUGCUGAGUCAGUGAGUGACAUGCCAACUCUAGUUGAUCUGGAUCUGUCUUUGAAUAUGACCUUGGGUGGUUGUGCAUCAUUGUGGGCUACUCAUUUGAAGAGAAUGAAGCACCUCAAGAAUCUGAGAUUGACAAACUGCAAACUGAUGGGGGAAGACGUGGCCCCUAUUGCUGAGUCAGUGAGUGACAUGCCAACUCUAGUUGAUCUGAGUCUGUUUAAUAAUUAUAACUUGGGUGGUUGUGCAUCAUUGUGGGCUACUCAUUUGAAGAGAAUGAAGCACCUCAAGAAUCUGUCAUUGGCAUACUGCAACCUGAUGGGGAAAGACAUGGCCCCUAUUGCUGAGUCAGUGAGUGACAUGCCAACUCUAGUUGAUCUGAGUCUGUUUAAUAAUGAUACCUUGGGUGGUUGUGCAUCAUUGUGGGCUACUCAUUUAAAGAGAAUGAAGCACCUCAAGAAUCUGUCAUUGGCAUACUGCAACCUGAUGGGGAAAGACAUGGCCCCUAUUGCUGAGUCAGUGAGUGACAUGCCAACUCUAGUUAAACUGGAUCUGUCUUCGAAUACGACCUUGAGUGGUUGUGCAUCAUUGUGGGCUACUCAUUUGAAGAGAAUGAAGCACCUCAAGAAUCUGAGAUUGGCAUACUGCAACCUGAUGGGGAAAGACAUGGCCCCUAUUGCUGAGUCAAUGAGCGACAUGCCAAAUCUAAGUGAUCUGAAUUUGCGUGGGAAUGAAGCUUUGGGUGUUUGUGCAUCAUUGUGGCCUACUCAGUUGAAGAGGAUGAAACACCUCAAGAAUCUGAGAUUGAGCGGGGUCGAACUGACAGAGAAAAAUAGGAGACUCAUCAAUGAUGCGUUAAAGGAUAUUACCACUCUAGAUGUAGAGAUGGAUUAAAAGACCUCGUGGUAUUGAUUCAAACCCAGAGAUUGAAUUGUUUGACAAUCAAAAUAUAAGAAGAGAUCCAAAGGUGGAGUAUUUUCAUUGUUUGGUGAAGGAGAGGUUAAGACUUCACAUCUAACAUCCAAGUUGACUGUUGUGUAUAGCCUUGUGAAGCAUUUCCUCUGUCAGUGUCAAUAGUCUUUUGUUUUCAUGCCUGGAUGGUGGUUUACAUCUUCUAGUAGAGUCAUUGGAUAUGUAUGUUAGAACUUGCAAGUUUUCGCAGUCACGGUCAUGCUAUGCAUGUACUUGGUAGUUUCUGUUUGUACCUGUAGUAUACACCGAUAAAAGUAGCCACUUUAAGACUCUUUGUUUAUCAACUCCUCAGUAGUAUACUGUUUAAAACAGCCACUUUAGAAGACUCUUUAGUUAUUAACUCCUCUGUAGUAAACACUGAUAAAAGCAGCUACUUUCUCUUUGAUUAUCAACUACUCUGUAUACACUGAUAAAAACAGCCACUUUAGAAGACUCUUUAGUUAUUAACUCCUCUGUAGUAUACACUGAUAAAAGCAGCUACUUUCUCUUUGAUUAUCAACUACUCUGUAUACACUGAUUAAAGCAGCCACUUUAAGAUCCAUUGGUUAUCAAAUACUAUGUAGUAUACACUUUCAAAAGCAGCCACUUUAAGACUCUUUUAUUAUCAACUCCUCUGUAGUGUACACUGAUAAAAGCAGCCACUUUAAGACUCUUUGAUUAUCAACUCAUCUUUAGUAUACACUGAUAACAGCAGCCACUUUAAGACUCUUUGGUUAUCAGGUCCUCUGUAGUAUUAUAAGUUAUCACACAAGCGCUCGUGGAAGCCAAUGGUAUACUUGGCAAACAAGUAAUUCUUCUCCCUAUAGCAUACAUGAUGAAUGAUGAGAUUGGACACAUUGGAGUGCGUUUUGGCGACCCCAACCAAAGGCUGUUUCUGACGUCAUAACCAAACGGUAACCGAGCUCACAACUCGGUUAUCGUUCAGUCUGAACAGCAGAACCAACGACCAACAACCGAAACAGUUUUUGGUUGGGGUUGCCAAAACGCACUCUUGGUGUAUUUUAUCUUUUGUAACUCAUAAAAUGGAGUUUCAAAUUGAGUAUUUUAAGAACUAUCACAGAUUCCUUUUUUGUACAUUGCUCUACUUUUUAAUAUAAAUGGCUGUUUUGCCUUCAACUGAAAUUUGUUUUGUAUAUAAUUAUUUGUAUGAAAUUUGUAAGUUUCGUCGUAAAGAGUUAACCUUGAAUAUUUUUAAUUUAACAUGACUUUUCUGGGUAGAUUUUUAGUGGUUUGGUUACGAGAAAGAGUUUGACGAAGUUCAUUCCUCUCGGCUUAUAAACUGGGCUAAAAACUUCAAUCUUGCUUAAAAUAUUAUGACGGUUUGUAUAGCUAAAUACCCAUUGUAUAGUGUUUGUGACUGAUGCUCUUUAUUGUUGUACUUUGCUUUACAUUUUAAUUGAAAAGGUUCUUUGUAUCCAACUGAAAUUUGCAAAUUGUAUAUUGUAAUUUGACAUGUAAUCAUGUUUCAUUAUAAAGAAACAACAUGGGAGCUAUUAUAUUAAGAACAAGAAAAAUCUUGAAAAAAUAAUCAUGUCCAUUUCUAAGUAGGUCUUGGAUUUACCUUUAUAAUAUUGAAGGAUUGGGGAUGACUGAUAAAGGCUUGUUUUAAAGGCAGUGGACACUAUUGGUAAUUACUCAAAAUAACUAUAAUCAUAAAACCUUUCUUAGAUUCUGAG